AGCACUCUCCACCAUGAAGGGGACACUUCUUCUGCUGGCCUUGCUGGUGACUGGAGAGCUGGGCUUCCAGAGAACGGAAGCAUGCAUACCUUUCUUCGGCGUAUAUUUGGGUAUUCUCUCUGGAAACAGGAUUGGGUUACAUACAGAACUUGCUCCAUUUGAUCCUACUGUGGAGGAAAAGGAGGCUUUUGAAAAAAUCCAGGACUGCUAUGAGGAGGAAGGACUAAAAGCUAAGACUGAAGAUAUGAAAUUGAUGACAACUAUACUCUUCAGCUCAGAAUGCAGGUCGUACUAUACCAAAGAAGUCUUGAAGAACAUUCUGGUUAAGUUUUCCAAGAAAUUAACCCAUAGAAGUUAAUGGGUUAUACGCAACCCAUCUUUGCAAUGUGUCUGAUCUGAGUGCCAUCUUGCUGACCUUUCUUUCUCUCUGUAAGUUGGAUUCCUGACACCUGUGCCUUCAUCCUUUAGUCUCUUAGGCUGAUUCUAAUAAAUGCCUGCAGCUCUGUUCAGUG